AUGAACAUAGUGCAAUUGAGUUUUGCUGAUGACUUAUUACUGUUCUGUCGAGGUGAUGCUAUAUCUGUUCAGCUACUAUUUCAGUAUUUUCAACAGUUGUCAAAGGCUUCAGGGUUAGUGGCAAAUGCUGAUAUAAACUCCAUAUUCUUUGGUGGAGUGAAUGAUGAUCAACAACAGGAGAUCUUACAAGCUCUAGGCUUUGUCAAAGGAACAUUACCAGUUAGGUACUUGGGAGUACCUCUUAGCUCUAAGAGGUUGUCAUUGGUGCAGUGUCAGCCUCUGCUUGAAAAGAUGCUAGGGAGAAUCCAAUCAUGGACAUCAAAGUUCCUGUCCUAUGCAGGAAGAAUUCAGCUAAUCAAGAGUAUGCUAUUCUCUAUUCAAGUAUUCUGGUCUCAGGUGUUUGUGCUGCCAAAGAAACUGAUCCAACUCAUUGAAAGAGUGUCGAACAUUCCUAUGGACAGGGGGUGUAGAAGUAUCAAGGAGAGCUCUACUGUCAUGGGACAGCUUGUGUAA